AUGAAAGGUGUCGCUGUUGACCUUCUGACUCCAGCAUACAACAUGCUCGGCACGUAUGGGAUAUUCGAAAAGACCAACACUUAUGGCGGCGCUGACUUUGGGAAUUUGAUUGAGACCGGAUAUGGCCAUCAACAAUCGCAGGAUGGGCUCAAGGAAGAGCUGAAGAUGCUGGUUGCGGAAACAGCGCCAGCCUGA